AUGAGCGUCGGCGGGGUCGUUGCAACCGCCAUCGCGGCGGCGCUUGGGCUCCAUUUCUGUCUCUUCGGCUUUCUACGGCUCGCUCUCCGUCUGCUUGCACCGAGAGACGAUUCGACUGCGCCGGUGAGACGUACUACCCCGCGCGUCUCAUACGCGACAGCAUCCACGCAAACCAUGGAGACGCGCGUCUCAUACGCGACAGCAUCCACGCAAACCAUGGAGACAGUGGGGUGCCGGCGGGACACUGACGAGAGGCUUCUCCCCAUGGCCGAGAGGGCAGAGGACGAGGGCGACCUGCAUCAUACCGGCGGUGCUCCAACCGUGCAAGAUAUCAGCGGCCACCACGAGGGGAAAGGAAACAGUCCGAUCGCCAGCCAAGGCAUCCUUCCCGGCGACCUGUUGGCUGAGGUCGUUGAAUGCUGCCAUGAAGCCGAUCUCAUGAACAUUGCUACAGCCUCUCGCGAUUUGUGGCAGAUCACUCGCAGCCGGCGCUUCAGGACACUGGUCAUCAGGCCGCGAAGGUUCUUCUCCUUCGCGAAAUGGCUCUACGCGCGCGCAAUUGAGAGCAAGUCCCCUGCCCAAGCCCUUUACACUCCCAUCCCUGGUCUCAACUUCACGAUGCCGAUCACAGAGUUCGGCCGUGAUCCAUUGGACCGCUAUGUGCGUACCCUUGUCUUACCGACGCGCUGGACGGAAGGCACCGCUGCGUUUCUGAAGGUCAUUGCCGCACUAGCACCCAGCGGGAUACACACCUUGGUUCUCGGCGGCAGGAACGAGCAGCAUGCAUGGUACGCGCAGAUGUGGCAGGCCUGGGUACCCGUCACAAUGGACCCGCUUCUGAAGAACGUCAAGACGCUAGUGUUUCACGAGCCAACGAACGACGGGCUGCACUUCAUCCUCCGUCGGCGGCCCACAGGCGAUGGACCAGCGCUCUCAGAGACCGUCCGCAGCAUCGAGAUACAGCCACCGCAGAUGGAUUCCGAUGGCGCGCCCCCCAACUCUUGGUACGAGCUCUGGUGGGACGAGGGCACUGUCCCAGGGGACGCUGCGGGAGAUGAGGACAAGGAUUUGCUACUGGCGGUUAGCUCUCUCCACGUCCACCUCGUCGCCGGAAUCCGCGGCGUGAUGACCGGCCUCCAUUUCCCUUGUCUCGAAGCGCUCACACUCGAGUUGACGCUCAUGUAUGGAGAUGACUGGGAGUUUGUGGACCGUCUGUUGACCGAGUGCGCUGACAAGCUUCGCCGACUUCGUGUCAUGGCUCGUGAGGAAGCAGCCUUCGACGAUGUCCUCGACAUACGCAAGGACCUAACUCAGCUCAUUCGCGUUGAGGUCGACUGGCGCGCCCUCACAGCACUCGCUGGCUUGGAACACGUUACCUCCCUCGGAAUGGUUGAGGUGAUUGUCAGGACGUACGACUCCGACGUAGCCGUCGCGAGCGAGUAUGACGAGGCCAGGCGCACGCUGACGACAGGCCAUUGGAAGAGGGUCGCUGUCGUGGACAAGCCUUUCUUGAAGCUCCCAGGCCAGGAGAGCAUGCGCGAAGACCAUCAUCAGAACUUGAAGCGGAGGUUGAACUGGUCGCAAAUCGAGUUCGAGUAG